CACGCCGCCUCUGCGGAACCGACGCGUCCCGCGCUGCGGUUCCGGCCGGAGGGACCCGUUUGUGCACACGGACAUGGCCGCGCUGGUGCGGAGGGGCGCGCGGGACCUGCUGAGGCGCGCGGACGCGGCGGCGAUCCCGCGAAGAUACCGACAUAAGAAGAAAUGGGCUGCCACAGAGCCCAAAUUUCCUGCCACCCAACUGGCCCUACAGAACUUUGACAUGACAUACAGUGUGCAGUUUGGAGACCUGUGGCCAUCGAUCCGAGUCAGUCUCCUCUCAGAACAGAAGUACGGCGCACUGCUCAAUAACUUUGCCGCCUGGGAUCAUGUGAGUGCCGAAUUGGAGCGGCUGAAUGCCCGGGACUUUGUGAAUGAAGCCAAGGCCCGUGGGGACCUGGAGCCCGAGGCGGGGCAAACUGCAACUCCAUCCUCCACUUCGUGGGCCUGCAGUCCAAACCUUCGAUGCUUUACUUUUGCCAGAGGAGAUGUCAGCCGGUUCCCUCAUGCCAGGCUUGGCAGCCUGGGUGUCAUGGACUACUACCUGAUGGACGCUGCCUCCUUGCUGCCUGUUCUGGCUCUUGACCUCCAGCCUGGUGACAUCGUACUUGACUUAUGUGCCGCACCAGGAGGAAAGACGCUAGCAUUGCUUCAGACUGGUUGUUGCCGCAAUCUUGCUGCUAAUGAUCUCUCAACUUCCCGAACCAGCAGACUGCAAAAGAUCCUUCAUAACUAUGUGCCUCAAGAUUUCAGGGAUAGGAAUCGAGUUCGAGUCACUUCGUGGGAUGGCAGGAAGUGGGGAGAACUAGAGGGGGACACCUAUGACCGGGUCCUGGUGGAUGUGCCCUGUACCACAGACCGGCACUCCCUCUUCGAGGAGGAGAACAACAUCUUUCAGAGGUCGAGGAAGAAGGAGCGGCACAUGUUGCCUAUGCUGCAGGUGCAGCUUCUUGCGGCUGGACUGCUUGCCACCAAACCAGGAGGCCAUGUUGUCUAUUCAACCUGCUCACUCUCACACCUGCAGAAUGAGUAUGUGGUUCAAGGCGCCAUUGAGCUGCUGGCCAAUCAGUACAGCAUCGAGGUCCAGGUGGCAGACCUGAGUCCCUUCCGAAAGCUUUUCAUGGACACAUUCUCUUUCUUCCCAUCCUGCCAGGUUGGCGAGCUGGUAAUUCCAAACCUCAUGGCCAAUUUUGGGCCUAUGUACUUUUGUAAAAUGCAUAGACUGCCGUAAAUAACAUCACCUUUGGAUAUAGAACACCAAAGGAUUAUUUUCCUGGACACUCCAGAAAUAGACCAGUGGCGGAGAUGCGCUCUGGAUCCUAGCUCUUGGAUGAUCAGGUCUUUCCUGGAUAGUUUUCAGCAGCAGUUGGAGUUUUUCUGUCCUGCUGUCCAAUUUUGGCUCAUCGACAGGUUUCUCAUUCACUCACUUACCCUCCAUCUCCAAGCCUGCUCUGGGGGUACCUGCCUGAUCAGGGACUUAAGAAGACAAGCCUGAUAGCAGACCCUCAUGCUAAGCUAUAAAAAUUGGAAAGAAGAAUUUGGCCAAUAAAACUGUGCUACUGAGAGCUGGGGCUGCAGUGGGGCCCUCAUGUUGUUCAAACACUGUUCCAUUUGUACAAGCAGCUGCCACUGUACAUACUAUCUAUAGUCCCCAAAGCCUGAGGCACAGCCUAAUUUCAGCCCUUCUCCCACUUGAGGGGAAUUCUGUCUGCAUUAUAAGUCUUAAGGAACUGAUGAACCCAAAUAAGCGUACCUGGUCUCUCCAUAUGGCUCUUGAGCUAAUUUAAGGAGUAAGGAAAGAUGUUAAGCCGAAGCAUAUUAAUCUGUUUACUUACAUGGAGAAAGUUCUCCUGAGCUAAGUAAUUCCUAUUGCUGGCAACAACUGCUGCCAAAAUCUGGCUGAAGAGCUCCUCUGCCUCAAGUCUGUGGCUCUCUUUGGUGUAUUUCUUCCAUUGUUCAUUCCGCCAGCAAGUAUUCCUGAGGGAGUGUAGCCAGAAGAGCUGGAGAAACAGGUAUUGGCAUCGUGGGAGAAAAGGUCACCCUGAGCCUGCAGAGUUGGAGCGCUCAUGUUUGCUUUCUCAGCAACUAGGAAUCUCCAAACAUCAUUUUGCCUACCGUCUGUUUAUUUGUUUUGUUUUAAAACAACAACAACCGAAAAAAAAAAAAAAGCAAGAAAAAUCAAAGCGAUUUUGAACUCACUUGCCAGUUCUUUGACUUUCAAAUUAUGCAGUUUAUCUCCUAACAUCAUAGGUCUUACCACCUCCCAAGUGUAUGUGAUGUGCUAGUCAAGUUUCUUUGGUGACUUUGGCACAAAGAAGGUAGCUAUUGCUGUCUGGAAUAUUAAAGGUUGCUUAUGGCCACUUGAA